GACUGACUACCUCGAUCGUGGGACAAGGAUGGCCAGACAGCCAGUGGUCCUGAACCUGCCUCAGAGCUUCGGGGCCUGAGCCUGGGAUGGCAGCAGUGGGGCUGGGUGGGCUCCAGGCCUGGCUGCUGGGCCUGCCCACAGCCCUGAUCUAUGGCUCCCUGGCUCUCUUCAUUUCCAUCCUGCACAAUGUGUUCCUGCUCUACUAUGUGGACACCUUUGUCUCUGUAUACAAGAUCAACAAAGUGGCCUUCUGGGUUGGAGAGGCUGUGUUUCUUCUCUGGAAUAGCCUCAACGAUCCCCUCUUCGGCUGGCUGAGUGACAGGCGGUUCCUCAGCUCUCAGACCCGGUCGGGCUCCCGGCUCUCCUCCAGGGCUGUCGUGUUGGCCCGGGUGCGUGCGCUGGGCUGGCAUGGGCCACUGCUGGCACUCUCCUUCCUGGCCUUUUGGGUGCCCUGGGCCCCCGCGGGCCUACAGUUCUUGCUCUGCCUGUGCCUCUAUGAUGGCUUCCUGACCCUCGUGGACCUGCACCACCACGCCUUGCUGGCUGACCUGGCCGUCUCAGCCCACGGCCGCACCCACCUCAACUUCUACUGCUCCCUCUUCAGUGCGGCUGGCUCCUUCUCAGUCUUUGCCUCCUAUGCCUUCUGGAACAAGGAGGACUUUUCUUCCUUCCGUGCCUUCUGUGUGGCACUGGCUGCCGGCUCUGGGCUGGGCUUUGUGGGGGCCACUCAGUUGCUGCAGCAACGGGUAGAGGUCACCACCAGGGAGCCAGCCUGCCCUGCUCUGGCUGAGGAUGGCAGCCUGUGUGGAGAGCAGCUGCUUGUGGGUGGCGAGGAGACAGACAGCAUCACCUUGCGCCAGUACUUGCGACAGCUGGCACGCCACCGCAACUUCCUGUGGUUCGUGAGCAUGGACCUGGUGCAGGUGUUUCACUGUCACUUCAACAGCAACUUCUUCCCCCUCUUCCUGGAGCACCUGUUGGCUGACCACAUCUCCCUCUCCAUGGGCUCUUUCCUGUUGGGCAUCUCCUAUGUUGCUCCCCACCUGAACAACCUGUAUUUCCUGUCCCUAUGCCGCCGCUGGGGCACAUACACCGUGGUGCGGGGCCUCUUCCUUCUCAAGCUGGGCCUGAGCCUGUUCAUGCUUUUGGCUGGCCCGGACCAGCCCGGCCUACUCUGCCUCUUCAUUGCCAGCAACCGCGUGUUCACGGAGGGAACCUGCAAGCUGUUGAAUUUGGUGGUCACAGACCUGGUGGACGAGGACCUUGUGCUAAACCGCCGCAAGCAGGCCGCCUCAGCACUCCUCUUUGGCAUGGUAGCAUUGGUGACCAAGCCAGGCCAGACCUUUGCCCCACUACUGGGCACCUGGCUGCUGUGUUUUUACACAGGUCACGAUCUCUUCCAGCAGCCUCUGCUGGCUCCUGUCGGAAGUGCCCAGCCUUGGCCAGAGCCUCAGGCUCUGUCCCCAGUGCAGGCCCCUUCACUCCGCCAGGGUUGCUUCUACCUGCUGGUGCUGGUGCCCAUCACCUGCGCCCUGCUGCAGCUCUUCACCUGGUCCCGGUUCACACUGCACGGGAGCCGCCUGCACAUGGUCAAGGCCCAGCGCCAGAGCCUGGCUCAGGCCCAGGCCCUGGAUGUGAAGACGGUGUGAGAGGCUGCUGAGGACACUGCCCGGGCUGGCGCAGGAGCCACUGCCAAUCCAGGCUGCGCCUCCUGCCUUCCUCACAUGUAGCCUGCAGGACAGACAGGGUGUGAGAAGGACUCUUGGGGCCAAGCUACCAUCGUCUUGGGCUUCAGCUCUGCGACUGUCCGGCCCAGGAAAGGUUGUGCCAUAUGUGCUCAGGGACCUGCCUCGACUGUGGUGUAGGAGGAAGGAGAGGAUCAAGAGGCAUGGAGCCAGGGCCAGUGUCUGUCAGGGCCGCUGUCUGGCUGGGUCUGGCACUGGUGCACUGUGUGGACUCAGGAACUACUUUUGAUACUUCAGACCCCUUCCCCCAUCCAGAGAAGCUGAUUUGAAUCCCCCCACUCCUCCACUCUUCCUGUGCUUUCUCCACGUCCUCUGCUUCAGUUGUGUUUGUUGAGUAGCAUCUCCCACAGUACCAGGAGCCUUCCUCACCCCCACACCCACCCCAGAGGAGGUUUGUGUCAUUCCAAGUAGGAUUAAAGUCAGUCAUUCUCC